AUGGAUCUUUAUUCUUACAGCAUCAUCCGAGUGUUCGACAAGCACAAGAAGCAUACGACGAAAAUCGAAUGGAACGAAAUCGGAAAACUGCUUUCUGUGGUAGGCAACUUGAGAAGGCCUUGUAUGGAAAAAUAGUUGAUGCCAUUGAAUAGAGCGUCGAAAAUUACAUAAAAUUGGAGGACCUGAAUUCUCCUGACUUUGUAGGCGUGUAUCUUGAGAAUUAUUGAUUGGUACAAAAUGUGAUCUACUGAAAAGUUGUUGCAAAUUUCAUGCUAAACAACUUUGUAACAGACUAUUUUAUCACAAAACUCCUAGUUUUUGAGUUAUGACCCAGUUUCUAAAUAGCAUUUACCUACAUAGUGCUAAUAAGCCCAAAUUAGCAAACGCUCUAUAUUUUCACCGUCCAGUCUGUACAAAAUACAGUGUUUUGUUCAGAAAUCCCGUCAAAAUGUGGAAAUAGACGAUCAAAAGCUCACCAAGAUUAUAAUGAUUCUGACAAAGUUCGAGGGAUCGAGACUCGAAGCGAUAUUUCGGAAAAUGUAAGCAACCGCUCUGACCUCGUGAAAAGUGCAUUCUUUUGUGUUUGAGAAGUGAAGAAGAGCCGGUGGCGACAAAGUUGGAAUUCGGUGAUUGGCUGAGAAAAAGUCAGCACGAUCAUCGACUGAACGACGCCCGUUACAAUCAGAUGACGGACAAGAAGAUCGAGUCGAUCAUCGAGAAUUGGGAUUAUUCUGGAGGUCGGUUUCAACCGUCCUUAGAAUCAACUGCGAGGGGCAUUCUCAUAGGGUUCUCAACUGCCUGUAAAGAUAGUGUUGUUGAGUACCCCUUUGGUACCAGUUUGGUUCUCUGUGUCUCUACGCGCACACACUCUCUCUUUCUCAGUGUCGCAAGCACCUGACUUGACGACACUUUCUUUUCUUGCUUGUACACCGCGCUUCCGUUCAACGCCACUAUCAUCCGGGUUGAGUACCCGUUAAAACAUAUCAGAUAGCAAAAAGUGGUCAACUAAUAAAAUGUGCACAAUUUCUCAUUGAGCAAUUUGUUAGUUGACAACUUUGUUAUAUCUCAACCGGCAGCGGAGAUAUAUCAGUUUAAAUGAGCGUAUAUCCACGAUAAUCUUGCAAGUUUUGUGCUGUGCUCACAGUGUUUUCACUUUCGAUAUCGAUAUCAGCGUCGAUUCUUUUUAAAAAGUCGUUACUUUCAGACUCGGCCAUAACCCCUCAAAUCUUCGCGCAUUGGAUGGCUUCGGACGAGUGCGGAGUGGCGAUCACUGGAUCCCGAAUGAAGUUGGAUAUUGCGAGUAUGAGAGAACCCGUAAACCGAUAUUUCAUCGACUCUUCUCAUAACACUUAUUGCUCAGGUGAGCACAAGGCUUUCGGUCCCAAAAGUUGCAAUUAUUCGAUGUCAUUUCAGGAAACCAACUGGUCUAUGCGAUUGGCCAUUGCGCGGCCGACGUGGAAAUGUAUCGCCAGGCGCUGCUGGCCGGCUGCCGAUGCAUUGAACUGGACGUGUGGGACAACAAGGACAAGGACGGCGAUCCGGUGAUCACGCACGGACCGACGGCCGUGAUGGGAAUGAACGAGAUCGGACUGGUCGAGGUGUGCGAGGCGAUCCGCGAGUGCGCCUUCAAAUCAUCGCCCUACCCGCUGAUUCUGUCGAUCGAGAACCAUUUGGGACGGCGGCAGCAGGAGAAAAUGGUGCAGAUCUUCCGGCACGUCUUCGGCGAGAUGAUGUUGACGACGACUCUGCCCGACUAUCCGUUGUACGCGAAAGAGGGACAGGAUGUGGUGUACCCGAGCCCCGAAGCGCUCAAGUACAAGAUUCUGAUCAAGGCGAAGAAGAAGCGGUUCGAGAAGCAGGACUCGAGAAGUCGAGAGGAUUCCAGUCUGGAUUUACAGCAAGCCUCGUUGGAUUUGACCGAGGACGAAGCCAUCGAAAACGAGGGAUUCAACGAGCUGACGGAGGAGCAGAAGAAGGCGCAGCUCGCGCAGCUUCCCGAAGAGAUCUCGUGCUCCGAACUGUCGGCCAUCAUCAACUAUAUGCAGGCGUACGAGUCGAGCCGCGGUCUCUCGACGGCCGCCAAUCUCGAGAACGCCGCCCAGGACCCCGUGCAUUGCAUCGUGUCGGCCGACGAGAAUACCGUGUGGAACUGCCUGCGCCAGAACUCGGUCGACAAGGUGCAGACGCUGAACAAAUCAAAGAUUAUGAGAAUCUAUCCGAAAGCGUCGCGCAUCUACUCGACCAAUUAUAAUCCGAUGGUAGCGCCAGCCAGCUCAUCGCAUCCCCCCCACACAAUGACUCUAUUCAGAUGCACUGGCUGACCGGUGCUCAAAUGGUUGCUCUCAACAUUCAAACGAAUUGUUCGAACAUGCAGCUGAAUCGCGCAAUGUUCGAGAGAAAUGGAGGGUGUGGGUGAGUCUUUUGGGUUACUGUACUUUUUUGUGAAGAAACAAAAGUAUACUGUAGGUUUGUACGGAAGCCCGACUGGUUACGGUCGAGAGACGUGCAACUGAGACCGUUCUUGUCAAUUCCGUUCACCAUCGCGUUCACAGUUGAAGUCGAGGUACGGAAUAUCGGGUCACUGACUUAUUGUAUUUCAAAGGAUCGUUUGCAGGUGAUAGCCGCCUACUUCCUCUCCUCAAUGGACACUGAAAAGUACCGACGCCGAAGUACAGUGUCCGUUCGGCUCUUCGACGUUCCCGAUCAGAUCGCAAAAGAAGAGAGCCUGACGCCGUCGACGGUGGUGCCGGCCAAGUUCGAGACGAGUUGCAGAAGACGUGCGAGAGAGGAGAUCUCGUUUGUGACCAACUACGAACGACACGUCUACUCGUUCGACAAGGUGAUGCUCAACGAUCUGUCGUUCAUCCAGUUCAAUGUGCACAGCGAGUCGGGAAGCGUCUUCGCGCAACGCAUUCUUCACGUCGACACUAUGAACAACGGUGAGCUGCGCGCGUUCGGCACUCCUCAAACUUGCACGUUUUCACUUAUGUACAGGCUAUCGAUUUGUCACUCUGCGAACACCGUCAAACCAGUGCGCGGGACCCGCUUCUCUUCUCGUCCGAUUCGAUCUUUUUAUGCAUUCCGAUAGAAAGAACCUACGUGAGCUUCAGAAUCAUUUUUAGAAUCGUGUUAGCUGUCUGAUUUCAGACGAUCACAAACAAAUGUACAAUCCGCACGCGUUCGAGAAGGAAUCCGACAAGUGGGAGCGUCGUUUCAGCAAUCCAUUUGCGGAUUUGGACGAAUUGGAGGUAAAAAAUUGGAGGGGAGGUCCUCAGUGAACUGUGUAAACGGAAUUGUUCCAGGGAAAUGAGUUCCUGCUCGUGGAAGGGACGAGAAGAGGAUCGGUCGAGCCGGAACCGACCACUCCGACCACACCGACCAAACCGAGAUUCCCGCUCGGCAAAGAGCUUCUCGAGAAGAUUCAGUUCUGGAAGAAGAAAUAG